CCUCGUCUUCCACAAGAGGCGGGGCGAAGGUGGGUGUGUGUGUGCGUGUGUGAGUGUGCGCGUGUGUGUGUGAGGAAGAGAGUGUGUGUAUAUGUGUGUGACACAGCUGAUGCACGCAGCCCUUUCAAGCUACCUCCAUCACCCCCCAUCUCCGCUCCGGGCGACAGCGGCAGCGGCUCCUCAGACCAGCCCUGCGACCCACGGACCACACCGGACAUUGUACAGGAAGCGAUCGGACCAGCGGUCGCGGAAAGUCAGCCAGCCAGAACUGCACGGCGCUGCUGCUGAUAUGUGCGUGUCUGCUGCUUGGUGUGGUGACACCACCCCCCAGGUCCUGUGUGGCGUGUGGGUAGCAGAGUGAGGGCACCGCCCCGCCCGGCAUGGGCAGUGCUGGCAGCGGGGUAGCCAAUCACCAGUCAACAUUCGCUAUGCGCAGCGUGGGCACUCGCACCACCACCAUCACCGCCACCGCCGGUGCCCCCAACACUCAGGGCAGCGGCCUGUCACGCGGCCCAUCCCUGCCCCCCGGCACCUCCACUCGCCGUCGCCUCGAUGACCGUAGCUACAGCGCCGAGCGACCCCCCCACCCGGCCAACGCCUUGGGCCCUCCCAAGACUGGGGGCCCGCCGGGCGACGAGCGCAGUUACGGCAACGCAGAGAGCUCGUAUUACGGAGGGGGCACGGAAAAACCGCCACCACAGCCAGAUGGCGCAGAGCGCUUGGCCACACACACCAAUGCCAACCGGCACCUGACCAACGGGGAGCGGAUGGUGGCCAACACCGCCUUCCUGAACGGGUUGGUGCGGCGUGACGGACACCAUGACCGCGGGCGGACGUCAGAGGCCAUGUCUGGGCCGGGCUCGAUGGGGGUGGACAUCUGUGGUAACAGCGUGGCCCUCAAUAAUGACAAGAACAGCAGCCUUCAGAUGACAACACACUUCAAGGACAACCCCAACGCCAAGCUGGACAACCACAAAAACCCCCCAAACAUCCUGCCUGUCUCUGGGAAACUGGAGCAGAAUGAUGGCCUGGUCCGUCCUUCAGCUUUCAAACCGGUAGUGCCCAAGAGUUUUCACUCAAUGCAGAACCUGGUGUCCCCCGCCCAAAAGGGACCCGGCGGGGGGAGAGGCGGUGGCAGUGGUGGGGGUGGAGGUGGAGGUGGGGGGAAGUGGGGGUCACCCUGCUUCCGGAAACCACAGAGAACAUGA